GACACAGUGAUAAUAGCUGGAGGAAGAGAACUCGUACUAAACUCCUCAACUAUCAAGAGAAAGAGAAUAGACAAAUUUUUAUUCAAAAGCUGUAUCUUUCUAAGACAUUCUUGGAAAGGUUUCUAGUUUUGGCAACCCUUUAACAACUUGAUUGUUGACCAUUCCUCCAAACAUUCUUAUUUAGAGACCAAUCAUUUCAUUUUGGACUUGGCAAAAUAAGCUGCUGAUAAAGAUGAAAUUUGGGAAAGAAUAUGCUUCCCAAAUGGUUCAUGAAUGGCAAGAAGCCUAUAUGGAUUAUAAUUAUUUGAAGAGUCUUUUGAGUGAAAUCUUGAGUUUCAAACAGAAAAAUGCACCAUUACCUGAAGUUGCAGCUACCCCAAGAGGGUCCUUAAAGAGAAAGCUAUCUAUGUACAAAGCAUUUAGUGGAUUGCAAGUUAGAUACAACAGUUUCAAAGGGAAGAAUAACCAUGAAGAUGAAGUUAUAGUAGUGAAUUCAGUGCAGCAAGAGGGCUCUGAAUGUCGCUAUGAAACCACUUUUCUCGUGUCAUGUGAAGAAGUUGGAGAAUGUGAGCUGCUUUUCUUCAGGAAUUUGGACGAUGAAUUCAACAAGGUGUUAAAUUUUUACCAGAAAACAGUAGGGGAAGUGAGAGUUGAGGCUGGUGAGUUGAGUAAACAAAUGGAUGCUCUUAUUGCUCUAAGAAUCAAAGUUGAUAACAUUUCAAUUGGAAUGAAAAGUGCCCAAGUGAUGAUGAUGGAUCCUUCAACCAAUGACGAUAGUAUCUACUCUCCAGCAUCCGCGGAUCCUGUUCGUUUUAGUAGUUCAGGUAGGUCACACAUGGAGGCAAUUCAAGAAGUUGAGAUGACCAAUGAUGAAAAUCUGGAAGAGGAGGCAAUUCAAGAAGUUGAGAUGACAAGUGAAGAAAUUCUUGAAGAGGAAGCAACAGCAGGAACAAAUGAUACGACUAAGAUGAAUCCCUCGGGUUUUAGGCCGGCUCCACUAGAGGUUUUGGACUACGUAAAAAUCAAUAUUGAGCCCGAAACACCUAUCUCAACUUUAAAAUCUUGCAUCAUGACUUCAAAAUCACACCUAACAUUCAGCAAAGAAGAGCUCAAGAAAGCUGAAGAACAAAUGAAAAAGGCUUUUGUUGAGUUCUAUCAAAAGCUUCGACUUCUAAAAAGCUACCGUUCGUUAAAUAUGUUGGCGUUUUCCAAGAUCAUGAAGAAAUAUGAUAAGAUCACUUCAAGGAAAGCUUCUAAAUCAUACUUAGAGAUGAUUGAAAAAUCCUAUCUUGGUAGCUCAGAUGAGGUUUAUAAGCUCAUAGCAGGAGUGGAAGCCACGUUCACAAAGCAUUUUGUCAAUGGAAAUCGAAGGAAAGGAAUGAAAUAUUUAAGACCACAAGCAAAAAGAGAACGACAUAGAGUAACAUUUUUCACGGGUUUGUUCUCUGGCUGCUCAUUGGCAUUAGUAGCAGCUAUUGCUGUAUCUGUACGCGCAGGAAACCUUCUGGAGCACGAGGGUCGUGGACAGUAUAUGGAAAACAUAUUUCCACUCUACAGUCUAUUUGGAUUCAUUGUCCUGCAUAUGCUCAUGUACGCGGGGAACAUAUACUACUGGAGGGUCUUUCGAGUCAAUUAUCCCUUCAUAUUUGGCUUCAAGCAGGGAACAGAGUUAGGUUACAGACAAGUUCUCCUCCUUACUUCUGGUCUUUCAGUUCUUGCAUUGGCUGCUGCACUCUAUCACCUGGAUAUGGAUAUUGAUCCGAAAACACGAAGUUUUGAGACAGUGACUGAGCUGACCCCGCUGGCCCUUGUGAUUGUUCUGCUUCUAAUAGCUUUUUGUCCUCUGAACAUUAUAUAUCGUUCAAGUCGUUUCUUCUUUAUAAGAUGUGUGUGGCACUGUCUAUGCGCUCCCCUUUAUAAGGUUACUCUACCAGAUUUCUUCUUGGCAGAUCAGUUUACCAGCCAGGUUCAGGCAAUUCGGAGCUUGCAAUUCUAUGUCUGCUACUAUGCGUGGGGCAACUUCAAAACGAGAUCAAACACAUGUCAAGAUAGCCAUGUUUACUCCAUCUUAUACAUUUUCGUCGCAAUUAUUCCCUUUUGGUCUCGGUUUCUUCAGUGUCUUCGCCGCUUAUUUGAAGAGAAAGAUUCUAUGCAAGGGUUUAAUAGCCUCAAAUAUUUAUCAACCAUUAUCGCUCUUGUAAUGAGGACACUAUAUGAUCAGAAGAGAGGAACCUUUUGGAAAGUAAUGGCAGCAUCAACAUCAGGAAUUACUACAGUUGCAAACACUUACUGGGACCUUGUCAUAGAUUGGGGUCUAUUGCGAAGGAAUUCAAGAAACCCCUGGUUGAGAGACAAGCUACUCGUGCCACACAAGAUAGUCUACUUUGUUGCCAUUGUUCUUGACAUUAUUCUGAGACUAGUAUGGAUGCAGUUGGUUCUAGAUAUAAGAGAACUUCCAGGUCUGCACCCAAAAGCAUUUAUUGCAAUUGUUGCCUGUUUGGAAAUCCUUCGUCGUGGCAUGUGGAACUUUUUCAGGCUGGAAAAUGAGCACUUAAAUAACGUUGGUAAAUAUCGUGCCUCCAAGUCUGUACCCCUGCCUUUCAACUACGACGAAGACAAGAGUAUGUAAACAAUGUCGAAUCCAACCUCUCUAUUAAGGAUUCCAUACAUAUUUUAAAACAAGAAAAUGACAACGACACAGAUCUCCUCUGACAGUCUAGAAGAGAAUGUGUCUUAUUAAAACACUUGUUCAUGAAAAGUCUCAAUGGAAGGGUGCUUGAUAAUAGGUCCUCUCUCUACCAAGACUUGCCUAAUACAAUUGCAUCUUUUACAAAAA